AUUUAUUAAAUAAAUGUCGAAUAGACCACCCUCAUAAUAACCAUUACAAACCGGAGCUGCAAUUCCAUAAAAACAGCCUUAAUGGAAUCCAACAUUUUCUCCACCAAGAUAAUACUAAGCCCCAGUGUAAUUGUAAAGUCCUGCAUACAUUCCUUAAUAUUACACUCAACCAGUUGCUCAAUCAUAUGUUGCUCCUACUGUUGUUUAAUAACCAGUAGUGUAUUAAUAACCAGUUGUUGCUUAAUCAGUAGUAGCAUAACCUGUGGUGAGUCAGCCUGUUGUUUAAUAAUAACCAAUUAUUAAGGGAGAAAGCAGAGUAGAGUAAAAAUUACAAUUAUUCUCUCUUUAGAUACAUUCCUUAUGAGAAGAGUGUAAUUGAAUAUGAAGAAGUCAGACAAAGAAUUUAAGUUCCUAGAGAAAAAUACAUCACAGAAUACCAAGCCAUUGAAUACUAAACAGAAUACGUGCCUUAAGUAUUUUAUGAUAAAGUGACAGGUAUUCAUAUUAGUAUAAUUAUUAGAGUAUGUUCCUGUUGAUAGAUAUUAAGAAAGAGUUGAAUAUUAUCCAGUUGAAAGAUAAGUUGUUCAUUAACCUUAAGUUCAAACUGUAGCUUAACCUGUUGUUUAGCAAUCUUAUGUUGCUUAACCUGUUGUUUAGCAAUCUUAUGUUGCCUAACCUUUAGUCACUUAAUCUUAUGUUCCUUAACCAGUUGUUUAAUAAUCCUAUGUUACAUAAGCUGUUCCUGUUGUAUCAUAACCAAUUUAAUAUGCUUAAUAUCCUCAAUAUGCCUAAGCUCCAACUCAAACUAUAUAUGGUCCACCUGUUCCUAUUGGAAAUGGACCUAUUCCUGCAAGUUAGUUACCUGCUGCUGUCAAAACUGGAUAAUUCCAACAAACACCUUAAAAAUGAGAUAUUAUUGUUCAAAUAAAAAAAAUCACAAC